AUAGGGCGUUGUGGAGACUCCCUCAUUCAUUCGCAGAGAAAACUCUCGUUCUUAAAGACGCAGCCGUGCGCAAUGUAUCCAUAACAAAGCUGGAACGGAGAGAAAAAAGGGGAACAAGCGUUUUGAUCUGAGUCAAAGAGCAGGUUAUUCCCAAUGUGCGCAGAGAGUGGGCUCUGCGUAAAGACCCACAUACUCCAGUGACACGCUCAAAUUGACAUUGGCUACUUUUAAAGCCGCCCAGUCUUCUUCUGCCUCUUAGAUCGCACACGCGUGCAGCUCAUUAGGACUUUGAUUAAGCGGUAAAUCGGUCUCUUGCGCACAGGCAGCAAUAAGUGGCAUUUGAGCAUCCCAGAGUUUUUGCAGCAGCCUGUUUUUGAGGAAGAAAUGGCCAAGUUAUUCCGAGCUGCUAUCAUGGGUCCACCAGGAUCAGGGAAAGGCACGAUAUCCAAGAGGAUUGCGCAAAGCUUUGGCCUGCAGUAUCUGUCCAGUGGCCACUAUCUGCGAGAGAGCAUGGCGGCAAACACAGAGGCAGGGGUGCUGGUGAAGUCCUAUGUAGAGAGAAGCAUGCUGGUGCCCGACCAUGUGAUGACCAGACUGAUGCUGCCCAGACUGGAGCAGCUGAGCGGCCACAGCUGGCUGCUGGACGGUUUUCCUCGCACACUGUCGCAGGCCCAGGCCCUCAACAGUUUGUGUCAGCUCGACUUGGUCAUCAGCCUCAACAUCCCCUACGAGACUCUGAGAGAGAGACUGAGCGACCGCUGGAUCCACCCAGCCAGCGGUAGAGUCUACAACAUGGGCUUCAACCCACCCCGAGUGAAGGGUAAGGAUGACGUCACCGGUGAGCCACUGAUUCAGCACGAUGACGACAAGCCCGAAGCUCUGAUGGCCAGACUGAGACACUACAAAGACGUGGCAAAGCCGGUCAUAGACUUGUACAAGUCACAAGGAAUCCUGCACUCGUUUUCCGGUACAGAGACGGACCGGAUUUGGCCUUACAUCAACUCUCUCCUCAACGCCAAGAUGCACACGCAGCCGACAGAUGCCUGCCAAACCCAGACACCCUGACACUACUGAGAGAGAAGCCACGGGGUUGGAGGAGGAGGAGGAGGAGGACGAGGCAGGGUGAAGUCUUUACGUGGUAGCCUUGUGUCAGCUUUGAGCUUCCUCAUUAGAGGUCUGAAGGAAAGGACUAAGACAGUGAUCAGCACGUUUGUGAUUCAAUCUUCAAUCACUAGUUGGGUUUUCAGAUGAAUGGCUGUAUGUAAAUAUUUCAGGAGCUUUGUACUGAAGAUUGUGACAAAUUCCACGUAAUCACAGUAAAAAUGUUCACAUCCUGCAAGGCAAUAUCAAAACGGAUCAUUUUUGUAAAUCGACAUUUCACACAAGCACCUGCUUUUCACAUUUGACUUUAUUUUUAGUUUAUUCAAGCUACACUAUGAAUAGGCCAAAAACAGGACUCAAAAAAUUCAGAUUCAGGAAUUUUCUUGACAGUAAAAAAAUUACAACACUAAAAUAUGGAAACCAAAAACUGAGAGGUUUGGUAAAUCAAAGCAUUAUGUGAGACUGAUUUGCUGCUGUAAUGAAAGUAAUAUGCUAUUCAAACACAGAUAAUGAAAAAAUCUGGUAUCUUGACAUAUCCAAUGAUGCAUGGUAGAAUUUCUUUGUUGACAAUAACAAACAAUAUCACAUUUUUCUAUAAAUAUACUGUGUGGGUGUGAAUUUAAUUAUCCUUCAUUUUGCCAUAAUGUCACAACACUCUGAAACUGAGGAAUUAUAGCUUUCACUGAGUAGAAAAUGCACAAAUUUCAGUCUCACCACAAUCAUAACCCACCAGAAGUGACGCUCAGCAUGGUGUCAUCUACAACCAGAUCUGUGCUUUGACAGAUGACCAUCUGGGUACUUUUUUUUGUUUUUGUUUUUUCUCAAAUGCUAGAAACCUGAAAACGCCUGCAUGCUGUGUUGCCUGCACCUGCAAGUCACAAUUUCAUGAAGCAGUUUUUAGCUCUUCACUUGUAUCAGCGCAGUGUUUCUAGAGUAUAUCCAUCAUACACAGACGAUGUGCACCGUAUAAACUGCUAUUCUUAACUUUAAUGCUGGAAUGCCACAAACUUUUCUAAGCAGUCGUCUCUGGGUGUGGUCCAAGAAGACCUCGCUGUCGCUCUGCGGCAUGAAGACAGAUGAAGACAGAUGCCUUCAAUGUUACAGUCCUUUAAAUGUACUACACGAUUGCCUUGAGAUUUGUCAUCAAAAUGUCGUAUUUUUGUUACAAUGUAAUUUUUUCUUUUUUUUGCAGUGAUUGUUCAAUUAUAAAAUACUGUUGGAUUCUAACUUUAGCAAGAGGUCACUUGUCGAUUCUGUCUAGGUCAUAUAUGUAAAAUGUUGUUUUUUCCCUUCCAUAUUGUGUGAAUGUAUAAAUCUCUGUUACAAGAUGACCAAUUUGUAAAAUGUCCAGCUUUGAUUCGCAGCUUUUCAUUGUGAUUGUUUUUACGGCUUGUCAUAAUUAAUCACCAUACAGAACAGCUUAUGUUCGGUCAUUUGAAGUUUGCCUCAAGCACAGUAGUGACCAACAUGUGCAAUAGAACAACCAAAUAAGAUUUGUUUUUCAGUUCUGGCAAUACUGACAUUCCAGUUUUAAAAAACUUUCUUGUAAAUGUUUCAUCACCUUAAUUGACUCUAAAAUAGCACCAAAAUGCAAAUUCAGGGAUUGGCCAUGGGCAACACAUGCUUUCCAUCAGUUUUUCUUUUUUUUUUCUUUUUUUUUUCUUUUUUUUUUUGUUUUCCAUUUCUGGGGGGUCAAAUGAUAUUGUGUGUUGUGUGCUGUACAUUACAUAGUGAAGUAUUUUGAGUUUCCGUAGAUGGGAGACCAAAGAAGAAGAAACUGUCAGAGAAUUGCAGCAGAAAAAGUGUGAAGUGUGUUCAUGUUCAUUUGAUAAACAUGUCUGGAGAGCAGCUGAUUUACACUGUGGUUUGUGCUGUGCUGACUCUAUAGCUGGAUGCUCAGUCUCGCUGAAUGAUUGGGUGUGAUGCACUAAACUGUACAUAACCACAACACACUGCUGUUAUGUAACACCAGUGAGUUUCUUUUCUGCCCUGUGUUCAUACUAUGCUGUCUGCAGAUAUUACAUUCCAAGAACAAUAAAAAGAAAUAUUUUCC